UUGUUCGUGUACCGAAUGCUAGAAGGGCCUUAGAAUCUCAGAGAGAGACUCCCAGAGCCAGAGAUAUGUGUGCAAGGUGGUCGGCGUCAUAUUUCCGAUGGCCGGACUUCGAAUUUUCUUUUUCGCCGUCGUUUUUCCGGUGGCCUGAGUUCGAUUUUUCUUAUUUCACAAGUGGGUGGAAUUUGCAUCAGAGUUUCAGAUGGUUCGAUUUCUCCAUUGAUGACUUGUUGUGGACGUUUGUUACUGUGUUCGAGUCUUUUCUUUUAGUCUCCAUGCUCUGUUAUUUCUUCUUGUUCUGUGGUUGUACCCUUUGAAAAAAAAAAAAAAAAAAAUGUAGUUCUUUUUUUAUUUUUCCCCCCCCUUAAAGAGUUCAUGUGUAUAUUAAACAUAUUCAGUGUAAUUUGCAGGCAUCUAACAGCUUGAUUGGUGAGUUUAUUCAAUUAUGAUGAGUGGUUUGAUUUUUUUA